CUCACAAGUCCCAACUACCAUGGUAUCCUCCUGUCUUAGCAUCGUCUCCUUGUACGCUGGCUACCUUCGUCGAUGUUUCAUCGGUGCCGGCCUUUUACCGCAGACAAUUGACAUCGACUCCCAAACUAUUAUCCACUUUUGGGGUCCCAACUCCAAUUCAUCGGUGACAAAGAAACCGCCUCUGGUCCUAAUUCAUGGUUUCGGCUCAAACGCUCUCUUUCAAUGGCGAAGACAGGUCCAGGCCCUGUACCCUUAUUUCGACCUUUAUGUCCCCGACCUCAUAUUCUUCGGUGGAUCGACCACAAAGUCGUCGGAAAGAUCAGAGAUUUUUCAAGUAGUUUCAAUUGGGAAACUGCUAGACAAGCUGGGCGUUGGGAGAUUUUCGGUUAUGGGGACCAGUUACGGUGGUUUCGUGGCGUAUCACAUGGCGUCAAUGUGGCCGGACAGGGUAGAUAAGGUGGUGAUAGCGAGUUCCGGCGUCAACAAACGACGGGGAGAUAUUGAUGAAUUGAUGGAGAGGGCGAAUGUCAAGAGUAUCGAGGAUCUCAUGUUGCCAAAGACGGCAGCGCAAUUACGGACGUUACUUCGUCUCGCCGUGUUCAAGCCUCCGCCCGUUCUACCCGACUUCCUCUUAAACGACUAUGUCCAAACAAUGUGCAUGGAGAACAGGAAGGAAAAGCUGGAACUUCUCAAGGGAAUCACACUUGGACAGGAUGACACAGUGUGUAUUUCUCCUCUUCCACAGGAUGUUUUGAUAGUGUGGGGAGAACAUGACCAAUUAUUUCCGGUGGAGAUGGGAUUUGAAUUGAAGGAGCUUUUAGGAAAGAAGGCUAGGUUUGAGGUUCUGAAGAAUACAUCUCACGUGCCCCAGAUCGAAGACUCAGCCAAGUUCAACGAUAUUGUUAAAAAAUUCUUCUGUGGGUCUUCUUAAUCCUUCAAUUCAAAUUUAUUUCGAAGCCUCUACACUUCGAAACUUGCAUGUGGAUCGGUUUGUUUUGGUUGUGUAAUUGUUUAAUGUUUUAUUUGCAUCCAAACCUAUUUAUGUUUUGGGUAAAAAUUUUAGGGUAAAUUACAAAGACCCCAUCUAGUAUGGGCUCAAUGACAAAUACCAACUUUCAUUUGUGACAAAGACCUUUGUGAACUUUUACUUUGUGACAUA